AUGCGCCUGCGUGUUUGCGCAUGUCAAGUAGGUGGGGAAGAGAGAGCUCAAAUGGUAAGGAAGAGGAAGGAUGAGGUGAUGGCGAUGAUGAGGAGAAAAAUGAUAACGAUGACGGCUGAAAAGAUGGUAAUGGCUAAAAUGAUGACGAUGAUAGAAAUGAUAACGAUGAUGAUGCCGGUGACGAGAGCAGCGCGAAAAGGGCAGUCCAGGCAUCUCAUGCUCCCUCCCCGCGUCCACUUCUUCCUCCCAACCGUUCUCAACCAACAGUUCAUAAAUCAUUAUGAAGCAUCAAGGCAUUCCCUCACAAUUACACCCUUGUUAGGUAUUAAGAAGUUCUGCUGA